AUGCUGGAGGAGGCGGGCGAGGUGCUGGAGUCGGUGCUCAAGGCCUCCUGCCUCCCGCUCAGCGUCCUGCUCUUCGUGCCCGCCGUGCUCCUGCUUCUGGGCCCGCCGCCCGCCGCCGAGGCCGCGCACGAGUUUACGGUCUACCGCAUGCAGCAGUACGAGCUGGGCGGGCAGCCCUACGGCACCAGGAGCGCAGUGCUCAACACAGAAGCACGCACAGUAGAGGCGGAUGUCCUGAGCCGCCGCUGCGUCAUGAUGCGGCUGGUGGAUUUCUCCUACGAGCAGUACCAGAAGGCUCUCCGCCAGUCAGCUGGGGCUGUGGUCAUCAUCUUGCCACGAUCUAUCUCUUCUGUUCCACAGGAUGUUGUAAGGCAAUUCAUGGAGAUAGAGCCAGAAAUGCUUGCUAUGGAAACCAUUGUGCCAGUCUACUUUGCAGUGGAAGAUGAAGAGCUGCUGUCUAUCUAUGAACAAACACGGGCUGCUUCUGCAUCACAGGGUUCUGCCUCAGCUGCAGAAGUUCUGCUGCACACGGCAACUGCCAAUGGCUUCCAGAUGGUGACCAGUGGGGCCCAAAGCAAAGCUAUCAAUGACUGGCUUAUACCCAGUGUGGAGGGAAGGCUAACAGGGCUGGGUGGAGAAGACCUGCCCACAGUUGUGAUAGUUGCCCACUAUGAUUCUUUUGGAGUGGCUCCAUGGCUGUCACACGGUGCUGACUCCAAUGGCAGUGGUACCUCAGUGCUUCUGGAACUGGCCAGGCUGUUUUCCCGGCUCUACACCUACAGGCGUACCCAUGCUGGGUAUAACUUGCUGUUCUUUGCAUCUGGAGGUGGCAAGUUUAAUUAUCAAGGAACUAAGCGGUGGCUGGAAGACAAUUUGGACCACACUGAUUCCAGCCUGCUGCAGGACAACGUAGCAUUUGUUCUCUGCCUUGAUACUCUGGGCAGAGGCAAUAGCCUUCAUCUCCAUGUCUCAAAGCCUCCCAAGGAGGGGACCUUGCAGCAUGCAUUUCUGAGAGAACUGGAGAUGGUUGUUGCCAGCCAGUUCCCAGAGGUGAAGUUUUCCAUGGUGCACAAGAAGAUUAACUUGGCUGAGGACAUGCUGGCAUGGGAGCAUGAGCGGUUUGCGAUCCGACGCUUGCCAGCAUUCACCAUCUCCCACCUGGAGAGCCACCGUGACAGCCUCCGCAACAGCAUCAUGGACAGGAGGGCACGGAUAGACACUAAAGCACUGAUCAGGAAUACUAGGAUCAUUGCUGAAGCUUUGACAAGGGUCAUCUACAAUUUAACAGACAAGGGAGCACCUGCAGAUAUGCAGAUCUUCACAGAUCAGAUGCAGAUCCAGCAGGAGCAACUGGAGUCAGUGAUGGACUGGCUGAGCAGUCAACCCAGGGCUGCCCAGCUGAUUGAUAAAGACAGCACCUUCCUCAACACCUUGGAAUAUUAUAUGGGACGCUACCUGAAGGAUGUCAAGCAGCAUCAUGUAAAGGCAGACAAACGGGAUCCUGAGUUUGUUUUCUAUGACCAGCUGAAACAGGUGAUGAAUGCAUACAGGGUCAAGCCAGCAAUCUUUGACCUGCUUCUAGCUGUCUGUAUUGCAGCCUACUUGGGCGUUGCCUAUGUUGCAGUGCAGCACUUUGGUCUCCUUUACAAGAUGAUACAGAGAUUAUCCCUUAAAACCAAGCAGCAGUGAAGCAACAAGUCAUCACCCACCCAGCAGCACUGAGCCAUCGGUGAGCCCAUCGGAAACCUUCUGCCUUCCACUGAACCCUGCUAUUUCUCUUCCUCUUUGCUACUGUACAGAGGGGAGGAAGGCAUAAAGAAAAUGAAAUUUUAACUCUUGUGCACCUUUUAAGUGCUUUUCUUCACCUUCUUCCCCUGACUUGCACCGUGUCUGUUUUCCUUUGCAUUUUGGUGAGAGAGAGGCUCAGAGACUCCACCAAUUCCUGCAGUCUUAUUCUGGGCAGCUUCUAUGAGUGUAAAACAAAGUCCAACACCUUCAUGGAUAUGUGUCAUACAGCCAACUUGGAAACCGAAACUACAGAGUGAUGUGUUAUCUCUGCCCAGCAGACAAGGACUCGGAGCAGUUGUUUAAAAUUAAAGUGAAUGCAAUUA